AUGGCGAAGCAGGGUCGCAACGAUAGUAUUUGUAGUGAAGACACCGCGCGAGACAUGGAUACAUCCAAGGUAGAGGAUGAUAUCAAAAGCCUUGCGAAGGAACUAACCCGGCAGUCUACCCACAUCUCAACUCUGGAACCUCACAACCCAUUUAUUGACCCAGAGAAAAACGCCAUCCUCGAUCCCAAUAGCGUGGAUUUCAAUGCGAAGGCAUGGAUGAAGAAUUUGCUGGCAUUGCAGUCACGAGAUCCCGAACGAUAUCCCCGACGCACCGCUGGGUUUGCGUUUAGAAAUCUAAACGUACACGGAUUUGGAAAACCCACUGACUAUCAAAAGGAUGUGGCCAACGCUCCCUUGGAAAUCGGGAACCUUUUCCGUGCCAUAACAGGGUCGGGGAAGCAUCGAAUCCAGAUUCUUCGUGAUUUUUCUGGUAUCGUGAACGAUGGAGAGAUGCUUGUUGUUUUAGGCAGACCUGGAAGUGCUUUCACCGCCAUAGGCAUCCCGAUCAAGCAAAUGCACAAGCAGUUCCGUGGCGAGGCCAUCUAUACAGCAGAGACAGACGUUCAUUUCCCCCAAUUGACUGUUGGGGAGACCUUGGAGUUUGCUGCUCGUGCAAGAGCUCCGGCGAACCGAAUUCCUGGAGUUACGCGCGACCGACAUGCUAUUCACAUGCGAGAUGUCGUCAUGGCCUCGUUUGGUCUCAGCCAUACAAUUAAUACCAAUGUCGGAAACGAUUUGGUUCGGGGUAUCAGUGGAGGAGAGCGCAAACGCGUGAGCAUUGCGGAGGCAUGCCUAAGCCAGGCACCGUUGCAAUGCUGGGAUAACAGCACUCGUGGACUAGAUUCUGCAAACGCUUUGGAAUUUUGCCGGACUCUGCGUCUGUCUACGGACUACAUGGGAGCCACUGUCUGUGUUGCAAUCUACCAAGCUUCCCAAAAGGCUUAUGAUUACUUCGACAAAGUUACCGUUCUUUACGAGGGACGUCAAAUAUAUUUUGGCCGAACUGAUGAAGCGAGGCAAUUCUUCGUGGAUAUGGGCUUUGAAUGCCCUGAGAGACAAACAACCGCGGAUUUCUUAACUUCCUUGACCAGCCCCGUCGAACAUAUCAUCAGACCGGGCUUCGAAGGGAAAACCCCCAGAACACCUAGCGAGUUUGAAACAGCCUGGAAAAACAGUGCAGCAUAUGCCAAACUCCUGCAGGAUAUCGAAGAAUAUGAAACCCGAUAUCCAAUUGGAGGACCAUCUGUGGAAAAGUUUAUCGAGUCCCGGAAAGCUCAGCAAGCAAGAUCUCAACGAGUGAAAUCUCCUUAUACCCUCUCUGUCAGCCAACAGAUCGGCCUCUGCGUGCGCCGUGGUUUCCAACGGUUACGCCGUGACAUGUCAUUGACUCUAUCUGGCUUGCUUGGUAAUUUCUUCAUGUCCUUAAUUCUUGGGAGUGUCUUCUACAACCUUAACCAGACAACGGAGAGUUUCUAUCGUCGUGGCGCGCUACUAUUCUUUGCUAUAUUGAUGAGCGCUUUCGCUUCUUCGCUUGAGAUUCUAACCUUGUACGCGCAACGCCCUAUUGUCGAAAAACAUUCCAGAUAUGCUCUCUAUCAUCCCUUUACAGAAGCCAUAUCCUCCAUGCUCUGUGACCUGCCGUACAAAUUUCUCAACUCUAUUACGUUCAAUCUGCCCAUCUAUUUCUUGUCCAAUCUUCGCCGAGAGCCCAGCGUUUAUUUUGUGUUCUGGCUUUUUACAUUCGUCACAACCUUGGCCAUGUCUAUGAUAUUCCGCACUAUCGCUGCUACGUCCCGAACGCUCGCUCAGGCAUUGGCGCCAGCCGCUGUCCUCAUACUUGGCCUUGUUAUCUACACCGGCUUCGCCAUUCCUACUCGUAACAUGUUGGGCUGGGCUCGGUGGAUAAACUAUAUUGACCCCGUUGCGUAUGCCUUUGAAGCGCUCAUGGUCAAUGAAUUCCAUAAUAGACAGUUUGAGUGUGCUGGAUUUAUUCCCUCGGGCGGAGAGUAUGAUAGUUAUCCUCUUGAAAAUAAAGUCUGCGGGACAGUUGGAUCCAUUGCUGGCUCAAGCCGAGUUGAUGGCGACCUCUAUCUCCGUCUAAGCUUUCAGUAUGAAUACAGCCACAUCUGGAGGAAUCUGGGGAUCAUUUUCGGGAUUACGAUUUUCUUCAUGUUCACGUACUUGUUUUCAACCGAAUAUAUCUCCGAGGCCAAAUCCAAGGGUGAAGUCCUACUCUUUCGUAAGGGCCAUAAAUCGAAAAAGGCGAAGAACUCCGAUAUCGAAGCGUCCACGCCAACAACUUCUGGAGAAAAAUCGUCAGGAUCAAGCUCCCAGGGGGUUUCAGCCUCGAUCCAAAAGCAGACGGCUAUCUUUCAAUGGAAGGAUGUUUGUUAUGAUAUUAAGAUUAAAAAGGAAGAAAGACGUAUUCUUGACCACGUCGACGGCUGGGUUAAGCCUGGGACAUGCACUGCACUCAUGGGUGUUUCUGGCGCCGGUAAAACAACGCUGCUUGAUGUCCUCGCCACCCGUGUCACUAUGGGUGUUGUCAGUGGUGAGAUGCUCGUCGAUGGUCAGCCCCGGGAUGGGUCGUUCCAGCGUAAAACUGGCUAUAUCAUGCAACAGGAUCUCCAUGCCGCGACGUCAACUGUGCGAGAGGCGUUGAAUUUCAGCGCAUUACUGAGACAGCCGGCUAGCGUUCCACGCGCAGAAAAGCUCGCCUAUGUGGACGAAGUGAUCAAAUUACUUGAGAUGGAGGACUACGCUGAUGCCAUUGUCGGCGUUCCUGGAGAAGGCCUGAACGUCGAGCAACGCAAACGACUAACUAUUGGAGUUGAACUUGCGGCAAAACCACAACUUCUUUUGUUCCUUGAUGAACCAACCUCGGGACUUGACAGUCAAACUUCCUGGUCUAUCUUGAAUCUCCUUGACACGCUUACCGAACAUGGCCAAGCAAUUCUUUGCACAAUCCAUCAACCGUCCGCUAUGCUUUUCCAACGUUUUGAUCGCCUCCUCUUCCUUGCCAGCGGUGGAAAGACAGUAUAUUUUGGUGACGUUGGCGAGCGCUCUUCGAUCUUGUCGAGCUAUUUUGAAAGGAAUGGUGCUUCUCCCUGCCCACCAGAUGCCAACCCUGCCGAAUGGAUGUUGGAAGUCAUCGGCGCUGCCCCAGGGUCUAAGAGUGACAUCGAUUGGCCUGAGGUAUGGCGUAAUAGUCCUGAGCGAAAGACAGUACAUGCACACCUCGAUGAGCUCAAAUCCACCCUCUCUGAAAAAGGAAAAACUGAACUAGCCAAUCGCAGCCCGGAAGAUUAUCGUGAAUUCGCUGCGCCUUUCAGUGUCCAGGUCUGGGAGUGUUUAAUACGAGUUUUCUCACAGUACUGGCGCUCGCCAGUAUAUAUAUACUCAAAAACCGCCUUGUGUAGCCUCUCUGCCCUCUUCAUUGGCUUCUCUUUUUUCAAUGCACAAACCAGUCUACAAGGCCUCCAAAACCAGAUGUUUGCUGUUUUCAUGUUGACGACCAUCUUUGGCAACUUGACCCAACAAAUUAUGCCUAAUUUUGUUGCUGCACGUGCACUCUACGAGGCUCGCGAGCGCCCGUCCAAAUCAUACUCAUGGAAAGCAUUCAUGAUAGCUAACAUAUUCGUCGAGCUUCCAUGGAACACGCUCAUGGCUGUCAUCGUUUUCGCCUGCUGGUACUAUCCCAUCGGACUAUACAAUGCCAUCCCCAGUGACCAAAUCCAUGAACGCGGUGGUCUCAUGUUCUUGCUAGUUCUCACCUUCCUUCUCUUCGCGUCCACAUUCUCCCACUUCGUCAUCGCAGGUGUUGAGGUCGCCGAGACUGGUGCCAACCUUGCCAACCUCCUCUUCAUGCUCUGUCUGGUCUUCUGCGGUGUUCUCGCAACCCAAGAAGCCCUCCCGGGUUUCUGGGUUUUCCUUUACCGUGUUUCGCCCUUCACUUAUCUUGUCUCCGCCAUGCUUUCCACAGGCCUCGCGGGCGCUGACAUUGUCUGCGAACCGGUCGAGUUCCUCCAUUUCAAUCCGAUCGCUAACCAGACCUGCGAACAAUACCUGGCAGCAUUCAGGGAAUCAUACCCUCCCAAAGGAUACCUGGAGAAUCCCCUGGCAACCUCAGACUGUGGCUUCUGUGCCAUGCAAAAGACUGAUACCUUCCUUGCGAGUAUUGGUAGCCAUUACUAUGACGCAUGGCGGAAUUUUGGUUUUAUGUGGGUGUAUAUUGUGUUUAAUAUUGUCGGGGCUGUGUUCAUUUAUUGGCUCACACGUGUCCCUAAAGGGGCGAAGGCAAAGGGACCCACCACCUCAUGA